UGUGCAGGCUUCGGGGUGAGGGGUUUGCGGGCGGAGCUGGAGCGGAGCAGCACUGCGGCAGUAGGCCGUUCCAGGCAGGGAAACAGGCUGAACCGAGGGAACCCCAUCCCAGGCGGUGACUCUCCGUCUCAGUGCGUGCGGCUCCCCAGGGACGGGCGGGUGUCUCGGGAAGCGGGGUGUCUCGGGAAGCGCUGCCACAGGUCGGCUCUGACCCCGAGUGUCACGUGGGUCACACACAGCGGGAGGCUGACUUUGGUGGAUAAACUAAGCGGCCAGGUCGCGACUGCCCCGCCUGCAGGGCUGGGGUGAGGCCCUGGCAGACUGGUGCCUGGCCUGGCGGCGCGCCCCGGGCUGCGGUCUCGGCCCUGGUCCACCCGAGAACCUGAGCGGCGGCGACCCGGACCCGGGGGCGACGCCUCCGGGGGGAGGAAUCGCGGGGAAAGGCCCUCCCGGGGCAGCGGGAGGCGGGGAGCCGGGGAGCCUGGGCUCCGGCUGCCGCGGGUCAGGGCUGAUCCGAUUAGAGCCGGCCGCGCGGCGCCCUUUGCCCGGCGCUGCCAGCGCGCGCCCGGCCCUCGGGGGGCCCCGGGGACCCGAGCCCCUUCCCGCCCCACACGCGGGGGGCGGACAUCCGAGAGGCGCCGGCACCCGGGGCGGCUCGUGGCCACGCGCGGCUCGGGCUCCCGCCCUGCGGCCCCUCGGAGCCCCGCCCCGAGUCUGCGGGUGCCGGGCCCCCGCCUCCGUGCCCGCCGCGUGGCGGGUGGGCUCCUCGCGGGUGGGGUCCCGCGCCGGCGCUCCACGGGGAGGCGGGGCCGCGACCCCGCCCGCAGGCCUCCCGGCCGCGCACCUGUCGGCCCCGCCACGCGCGGCGCUGUGGCCCGGCUGCUCGCCCACCGCGUCCGUGGGUCUCAGCGGCCCGAGCCGGGGGUCGGUCGGUCCCUCCCGCGGGCGGACGGAACGGGGCCGGCGUCAGAGCGACGUGCGCGGGGCGGGAGCGGCGGGCGGGGUGGGGGCGGCGCCGAGCGCGGAGCGGUGGCGCGGGAGGCGGGGAGCGCGGCGGGGACAGCGGGGACGGCGGGCGCCGGGGACGGCGGCGGCAUGCGGCUCCUCGCGCUGCCCAUCGCGGGCUGAGACGCCGCAGUCCGGCGGGAAGCGCGGCGGCCGCGAGCGGAGGCGCAGCGAGCGGGACAGACCGUGGACAGCGCCCGGGGGCCGCGCCAUGGGCCGAGCUGGGGGCGGGGGCCCGGGCCGGGGGCCGCCGCCGCUCCUGCCGCUCCUGGCGGCCACGCUGGUGCUGGUCGCCGGGGCCGCGCCGGCGCGUGAGGCUGGCAGCGCCGUCGAGGGGGACGAGCCCGCCCCGACCACCGUCGCGUGGGAGCCGCGUGCCAACGACACGCGGGAGCAGGGCCCGCCGGGAGCCGGGGAGGAGGAGGCGGCUUGGACGGCGACCGGCGGCGAGCGCGCCCCGGGGGGCCCGGGGGUCGGGCCGGAGGACGCGCUGGAGGCGUCGGCGGCCGUGACGGGCGCGGCCUGGCUGGAGGCUGACGGCGCGGGCCCGGGCGCGGCCACGGCGGAGGCGGGCAGCGGGGACACGCAGGCCCUGCCCGCCACGGCCCCGGCUCCGGGCGAGGCCCCUGGGCCGUCCUCGGCGCCGCCCGCCCCUCCCGCAGCCACCGCGGCCGGACCGCCCGCCCCGACCGCCGGCCACCAGCCGAGCCCAGGCCCCGGAGGCCCCCAGCCGCGCCCCGCGGAGGUUUGGCCGAACCCGGGAGGCAGCGCGCCGGAGCCUCGGGGGCCAGAGCCCACGUCCCCGCUCCCGGGCGCCCCGGAGCUCCACCCGGGCUCCGACGCCAUCGACCUCGACUACUUGGAGGGGCUGGACGGCGAGGGCCGCGGCGCCGACCUGGGGAGCUUCCCGGAGCCGCCAGGGGCCUCCGAGCGCCACCCCGACGACGGGGGCGAGACCCCCUCCUGGAGCCUGCUGGACCUGUACGACGACUUCACCCCCUUCGACGAGUCCGACUUCUACCCCACCACGUCCUUCUACGACGACCUGGAGGAGGAGGAGGAGGAGCAGGAGGAGGAGGAGGAGGAGGGCGGCAAGGAGGCCGCCGGCAGGGGACCCCGGGACGGCCACGGCGACCUGGUGCCCAGCGAGAGGCCCGCGCCCGGCACCGGCCAGCCCCCCCGCUGGUGGCACGCGGGCCCCCCGCAGCACACCCUGGGCAUGGCCCCCGGCGGCAGCAUCGCGCUCAGGCCCCGUCCAGGGGAGCCGGGCAGGGACCUGGCCCCCGGCGAGAACGGCACCGCCUGCCGCAGCGGCUUCGUGCGGCACAACAGCUCCUGCCGGUCGGUGUGCGACCUGCUCCCCAGCUACUGUCACAACGGCGGCCAGUGCUACCUGGUGGAGCACCUCGGGGCCUUCUGCAGGUGCAACACCCAGGACUACAUCUGGCACAAGGGGACGCGCUGCGAGUCCAUCGUCACCGACUUCCAGGUGAUGUGCGUGGCCGUGGGCGCGGCCGCCCUGGUGCUGCUCCUGCUCUUCAUGGUGACCGUGUUCUUUGCCAAGAAGCUGUACCUGCUCAAGACGGAGAACAGCACGCUGCGCCGGACCCACAAAUUCCGGACGCCGUCUGAACUCCACAACGACAACUUCUCCCUUUCCACCAUUGCCGAGGGCUCGCACCCAAACGAAGAAAGAAAGGUGUUUGGAUCAAGUCCCCUCUGUGUCCGGCCGGGGUCUCUGACGGACGACCCCAGCGCCCCCCACAAAAUCCAGGAGGUCCUCAAGUCCUGCCUGAAAGAGGAGGAGCCCUUCAACAUUCAGAACUCGCUGUCGCCCAAGCUCGAGGGCCGCGGGGACCCGGCGGAGCUGGAGGCGAACUGUCUUCAGAACAACUUGACCUGAGGAGGGAGGGGCGAGGAGAGGGGGGGGCGGGGGAGGAGGGCAAGGUCGCUCCUUUGUAGCUGUUGGUCCAGCUUUUCCUUUUCUGUCUCAUGGCAUGCUUCGUGUGUGUUGCACGGGAGGGAGACACAGUCAGCCAGGAGCCGAGCAGAAUCGCGUCCCUGGGUGGUUGUCUGUGCGUCUGUCCGUCCAUCGCUUCUGCUGCUGUGGUUUCUAAGCCUCUGCUGUUAUUCAACUGACUUUUUCUUUUUGUACUUGGAUCCACCUUUUUUUGAAAUACCAGUAAAAACAACAAAAGUUCUUGAAAUAAAACUUUUUAAAAAGCCA